GUGUUUGAAAUUAUUAAAAAUAUAGACUAGAUAAACUGACAAUACACAAAAUGGCUGAAGGAAAACAUUCCGUUACCGUCAAUGUCAACAUUAGUCAAGAAGAAACGAAGAUUGCUGGAGACAAAGUCAAGCAGAAGACGAAUGCUGUUGAUUGCAAAGUUGGCCACCUGGGUCAGAUUGUCGUCCCAACACCAGGUAAUUCUCAACCCGAAGCUACUCAGCCGAACACGCUGCAACAUAAUUUGAUUCCAGAAAAUGUUUUCAAUGAAUCAGAAGAAGAAGAAGAGAAAGUAAAAAAGCCAUCACCGGGGUUUAAACAUGACACCGAACCUGCGUCGCCAUCUUCGUCUUCAGACGUCGCACAGUCGUUUGCCGGUAUGGAUUUGAGUGGCGGAAUGAUGGGUUUCAUUGCAUGUGAGAGUUCGCGUGAUUUCAUGCAAAAAUCCAAGUUCGAGGAAGCUGUGCAUCUGAUGGAAGAUCUUUCGCCGUCACCCUAUCAGCAGCUAAUGAUGUCAGAAUGCUACUUUCAACUUGGAAGAGAAAGAAACGCAUUGAGAUGCGUUGAAAAAUUACAAACAAUGAUGACGUCAUCGCCGAGACCUAAGAUCGAUGACGUCAUUAGAUUAGUUGGUAUUUACAUUUCUGGUUCGUCCCAUAUUCGUGCAUUGAUUUUACUCUCUUGUUGUGCUAAGUUGUAUAAGUUCGAUUCAAAUCCGAAUGAGUCGGUUAAUGGGAUCAUGCAUUGCGCAUUGGAAUGUAGCGACGUGAUCAAAGCUAUGGCUCAGAAAGGCGAUAAAAUGAAAGCGAUUGCAACAGAUGUUGGCUUGGAAAAGAUCACUGAUAUGUUGGAAGAGCUGAGGUCAGUAUCAGGGGCUGGUAAGGAUAAUAAGGCGAAUAUGGAAGCGAGAUGCUUGAAAUAUGUUGCUUGGGGUUACCAUGCCGUGGGUAAACAUAAGGAUGCAAUCAAAUACUGUGAGAAAGGUAUAGAUUUGAUGAUUCAAACGUUCAGGUCGAACGCAGAAAAAUAUAGAGUGUUUGGGGAUCUAUCAAACGACAUUGGUUCUGCGUAUGAUGAUCUCGGUGAUUAUACUAAGGCCGAAUCAUUUUAUUUGCAAUCUCUGGUAGCGUAUGAAAAAGUCGAGAAUUGGCCUAAUGACAGCGAGAAACAGGGUAGAACAGAAAGAACAAAAAAAAACUUGAGAAACGCUCAAGACAAUACAAAAAAUAAUCGCCCGCAUAAAUAUAAUACCAGUGGACGACGUUCUUCCGUUCUUCCCCAAACUAUUUCCUCGAAUAAGUUUAGAUGAUUAAAACUUCAGAUCAACGUAUAUGAAGUAGAUGCAGAAAUAAAACUUCAGGUUUCCGAUCAUUUAUAAAAAUAAUUUACCAGCGCAAUGCUUUCACAUAUUGUAGGAUAUCAGUCGCUGCCUGUAUAGGCCCUUGUUCGGAGAGAAAUACAUGACCAAGUGCCAAACAAUAAAGUAGUCCUUGCAAUCUCUAAAUUAUAUGUAAUCUUAAAUUUUUUUGUGUUUCUGUGGGAAAUUUUGACUUCGGUAAGCAUUUAAAAUCCCGUCUCAAUUUCGAAAAAUAUGUAUUUCGGCACCCUACACUUCAGAAUAUCUUUUAUUGUUCCAAAAACGUUGGUUAGUCCCAUGCUAAAACUGUUACAUAUUCAACUAUUUUCUUGCUUUUGCAUACUUUUAUUGAAAUAAUUUCAGUGUUGUGUAUUGUGAACAUUUAUUUUUGCUUUUAGUUCGAAGUGGCUUUUGCUUAUUGAAAGCUUGGGAAGCAAUUAUGUAUUCAUAAUUUCAAGUCA